AUGAAGUCACAAGAGAGAGUCAACAUACGAUCGCCGGCUGGAGCAGCCGCAGUGUACAAGGAUGUGGCUGGGCUCGAUUCACUCAAAGAAGAAAUACGCGUGCUUCAUCUGGAGUGCGGCUCUGGAUCAUCCCUUCUGCAGUGCACCCUCCAUCGAGUCUCUCUUCGGUCUGAUCCGCCGCCCAAAUACGAAGCGCUGAGCUACACAUGGGGCGAUGAAAACGAUAGAAGAGAGAUUGCCGUCAACGGUUACAUCGUUGAUGUUACAGUUAAUCUUUAUUCAGCUCUUCGCCGGCUCAGACUGGAGAAUGAAACCCGCGUCUUGUGGAUCGACGCUCUAUGCAUCAACCAGACAGACUUGGAUGAGCGCUCUCAACAGGUGCAGCUGAUGCGGAGCAUCUAUACCAUGUGCGACCGAACGGUGAUUUGGGUUGGCGAGACGCCAGAAGACAUGUCGCCUACUUGGGCGAUGCAUUGGUAUGGAGACGAGAAAGACGAUGAAUCGAUGGACUGGUUCUGGGACGAGUUUUAUCCAGAAGCUGAUCGCUCGAGUGUUGACGGAAACGAUUUCGACCGCAUCUUUCACGCAUUUGCAAAUAUCAGGCUGUUCACUGGCGGCCAUCUUUCCGACCAGCCACUCUUCACGGACCUGACAGGAGACGAGUUUUCGUACCCCAUCUCAUAUCCAGAUUAUUGUCGUCAGGUCGCUGAUGCUCUUGCGCCUUUCUAUGAAAGUCCCUGGUGGACGAGAAUCUGGACUGUCCAAGAGAUCAUCCUCCCUCCCAAGGCAACAUUCCUUUAUGGACCAAUCUCAAUCGACAUAUCCCUUCUCCUUGAUGCAUUUGCUGCCCUCACCGCCCACAUGUUUGAGUCGUGUUGUGCAGAAGUGUUCUCAAGCUGCAACUUUAGGGUCAGGAAAUGCCUUCGAGAGCUGGGAAGUGCUCUGACAAACAUCAAGAACAUAAGAACCAGUCAUGGCAAGGGCGCAAGCGUAGAUCUUUGGGAGACCAUGACCACCUUUCGGGCCAGAUUUGCAACAGAUAACCGGGAUAAAGUCCAUGGAGUUUUAGGUCUGGUCAACUCAUGGCCUGGGCAACCGAUCAUUCCCAAUUACAGAACGACAGCUGAGGCAAUCUAUUGUCAAGCCGUUAUCUCAACGAUUCAGGGCACAAAGUCUCUACUGCCUCUCCAUUUCCCGCUUCAGAAGCAUGACUGCCCUGGUCUUCCUUCAUGGUGCGUGGACUGGACCGCAGCCAGUGGACUUGCUGAUCAGCUCAACGUCUACCAGUGGAGCCAACAACCCUUCAGGGUCUUUCCGACUCAUGAACAGGAACAAUUUCGCAUGAUUCCUCACGCCAACAACCGUAUCCUUGAAGUCAGUGGGCGUCGUGCCGAUAGAGUGGCCUCAGUUGGCAGAAUAUGUCAGGGGAACGUACCAAGUGAGAAGCGCCAGGCUUACUGUGAUUGGUUUGUACUCGCAGACCUUCAUCGCAACCCAUCAAAGACUAAUGCUGCUGGAUGUUCGAACUUUGAGGCAUUUUGGAAGUGUCUUUGUUGGGACAUGAUUCUGCACAUGCGAGAAGUUGCUGUAGCAGAAUCCGCAAGGUCUACCGGCGCCCAAAGUUAUGAAGCUUUUGUGGGCUAUUGCCACAGUUCUCCCAAGUCAGUCUUUCACCCUCAGGGGCUGUCUCAGGCCGACCGAGAGGCUGUACUGCGGCUCGAUCCAGGAUUCGAGACGACAGAGGUUACGGGUUGGGGUCAUUACUCGCAGCCCGACUUUCUCACGGAGCAGUGGAUUAAUGGUCUAACUCUGAACACGACCAUGUUCGUCACAGAUUCGGGAUACUUUGGCCUUGGGCCCCCUGAAACACAAGUGGGAGACGAGGUUUGGUGCCUCUUUGGCGGCCAGAUGCCUUUUGUACUCCGAACACUGAAGACAACACAAGAAGUAAGUCCGGGCCAAGGAGGCAAGGAGCUUCAUAAGGUGUUUGGGACCUGUUAUGUGCAUGGCAUCAUGGAUGGUGAAAUCGCGAAUGAUACGAAAAUUCCGGUUGAGACCUUGUUUCUAGCUUGA